AUGGCCGAACUCAGAAUUGUGAAUUUCAGGCUGCCGAAGGACAAAACAGGUACCACAAAGAUUGGUGACCUGGCCCCUCAGGACAUGAAGAAAGUCUAUUCUUUAGCACUGAUUGAAUUAACUGCUCUCUAUGACAUACUUGGGACAGAAUUCAAGCAGCAAAAAGCUGUAAAAAUCAAAACCAAAGACUCUGGCUUGUUUGGUGUCCCACUGUCAGUUUUACUGGAACAGGAUCAGAAGAAGCUACCAGGAACCAAGAUCCCACUGAUUUUUCAAAAGCUGAUUGCCCACAUAGAAGAGGCAACUCUGGAAACUGAAGGACUUCUUAGAAUACCAGGUGUUGCAACAAGAAUAAAGAGUCUUUGCCAAGAACUGGAAGCAAAAUUUUAUGAAGGGACUUUCAACUGGGAAAAUGUAAAGCAACAUGAUGCAGCGAGUCUUUUAAAACUCUUCAUCCGGGAAUUGCCUCAGCCACUCCUCACUGUAGAAUAUCUCAAAGCUUUCCAAGAUGUACAGAAUCUUCCAACGAAGAAACAACAACUGCAAGCUUUGAAUCUUUUGGUUCUCCUUCUACCUGAAGCAAACAGAGACACUCUGAAGGAUCAGUCCAGUAUAGGGCAUCUAGUGGUUGGGGUCUGCUACAGGCCACCUGAUCAGGGGGAGCCUGUUGAUGAGGCCUUUUUGCUCCAGCUGCAGGAGGUGUUCUGCGUGCAGGAUCUUGACCUGAUGGGGGAUUUCAGCCACCUGGAUAUCUGCUGGGAUAGUGGCACAGCAGGUGGCAGACAAUCCAGGAGAUUCCUGGAGUCUGUCGAGGACAACUUCCUGGUCCAG